AUGUCAGAGAAAGGAUCAGUAACAAAGUCCACACAGGACAACGGCGUGAUGACUCAGAGCCCACAGGAGGAGAAUCAAGCUAGUGCUGGCAUUCUGCCUGACCCUGCUAGUUCUCCUGCAAGGCGCAAGUUUGCCAUUGCCAACGUUCGAGAGUUCCUCGACGAGGAAGUCUACACUGAUCUGGUUUACAUUCCUCUGUUUUUUUACUACUUUAUGACCGUCUCGGCCAAAUCUCAAACCUUCCGCCUGUUUCCGAGGUCCCGCAAAUGGCUCGUCCUGAGCACCCUUGCCCAACUAGGCCUAACGCUUGCUGCAUCCUUGGUAGUGCAUUACAGCGGGCAGAGCGAGUUCGCAGGUGAAUCAAGUUGGACGAAUGCGUUGGGUUACGCAACGCUUGCGCGCGUGCCAACGUUGGCACUAGAAUCGGAAGUCAAUUUGCUACGUUGGUAUCACCUCUUUCACCAUUGA